ACUCGACGAAUCCGCGCCAAAUUUCCAUUUUUCGCGAUUUUAUUUUGCACCGUCCGGAUACUAUGAAAGCUUCUUCCUCCAUUUCCAUUCCUUCUCCUCUCCUCGCACUGCUUGUAAUCUUCAGUUUACUCUCCAGUCUCCACCGCGGUACUCACUCCGGCGAACGCAUUUCAGUAUAUGGGAAAGGUCAAGAUCGGAAUCAACGGAUUUGGAAGGAUUGGGCGUUUGGUGGCCAGGGUUGCGCUGCAGAGAGAUGAUGUCGAGCUCGUUGCUGUCAAUGAUCCCUUCAUUUCCACCGAUUACAUGGUGUGUGUGAUGUGUUUAUACUGUGUUUGUGUUGGGAUAUGCAUGAAUGAUCAAAGUACAUUUUUUGCUUGUUUAUAAGUGCUGAAGAUUCAUGAUGAAAUGACAAUUAGAUUUUUUUUUUUAAUAAAAAAGAUAGGAAUUU